AUGCAGGCGCAACGGGAGAGUGUCCGUCGCGGCUUCUCAUUAUACCGCGUGAUACUGGAGAUUGACUUCAAUGGCCUUCUCUGGGGAUACACGGAGAUCACGAUUGUGCCGACGACCAAGGACCUGCGCACGGUCAACCUCCACUCGCGCCAAUGCACGAUCCACAACGUGAGCGUGGCACAGGAGCAGGCCGACUUUGUGCACUACGACCCCCUUGCCAAUCUCGCGACCUCAAAGGGAAACGACGUCCACGCCCACCCGGAGCUCAAGCGCAAGCUCUACUCGGCACUUGCCGAGGGAGACGAGGGCGAGCUGUCCAUCGCCAUCCCGGACAAUGCCGUCCGCGCGUCCGGUCGCGGGUCUGUCGCCGGUUUUGGCAGCGAGGGCGCUACACCAGAGCCGAUGGCAAUUCCGCACGGGCCGGGCGAACAUUUCGCGCCCAUAACGAUCAAUAUCGAGUACAGCCUGCGCAACCCUGCAGACGGCCUCAACUUUGUCCUCCCCUCAGACGCGUAUCCACACCGCGUGCCACACGUGUACACGACGCCCACCUCCCCAGACGCGGCCAGGUGCUGGGUGCCCUGUGUGGACAAUAUGUGGGAGAGGUGCACCUGGGACUUGGAGUUUGUCGUUCCAAGAUAUCUGGAGGAACAGGAUGACGAGGACGAAGAUGCCGAGCCUCAAGACGAUCACCCUACCAUCGUUGUUUGCAGCGCCGAUUUCGUGGAACAGGUCUCGCAUCCGUACAAUUCGAGCAAGUCCAUAUUCGUGUUCUCUCAGAGCACCAUCACAUCCGCCCAACACAUCGGGUUUGCGGCCGGACCUUUCCACGUUCUGCCUAUCCCCACCGAGCUCAGCGCAACCGAAGAAGGCGCCAACGCGACUCAGCCUCCCAUGCACGCCUUCUGCCUCCCAGGUCACGAGUCGGCACUUGCGACCUCCGUCGCCUUCACUCGCCAAACGAUGAGCUUCUACACGACCGAGUUCGGUUCAUAUCCCUUUGGCUCGUACAAGAUGGUCUUCGUCGACGACCAUCAUCUCCCUCGGCAUGACACGGCCACGAUGGCCAUCGUAUCCGUCGACCUCCUUCACGGCGAAGACGCGAUCGACCAGGUCUACGAAACGCGUCAACAACUCGCACACGCCCUCGCCUGCCAAUGGUCCGGCAUCAACAUCCUUCCCAAAGUGUGGUCCGACACCUGGCUCGUGAACGGUCUGGCGCUCUACAUGGCCGCGCAGUUCACCCGGAAGGUGCUAGGGAACAACGAGUACCGGUUCAGGCUGAAGAAGGAUAUGGAAAGGACCAUGAGUCUGGACGUGGGGACGAUGCCGCCCAUAUGCGUGCCUACUCAGCACGACCCGCCAGACGCGUCGGUCUUACCGUUUAUCAAUCUUAAGUCUCCACUCAUCCUACACAUCCUCGAUCGCCGUCUCGGCAAAUCCGGCACUUCGCUCGGUCUCUCGCGUGUACUUCCAAAGCUUUUCCUCACAGCCAUCUCGGGUGAAAUGGCGAACAACGCACUCAGCACACACGCUUUCCUGCGUACAUGCCGCAAAGUGAGCGGUGUGGACCUGCGACGGUUUGCCGAGCAAUGGAUCUACGGCAGCGGUUGCCCGACCUUCUCCUUUACGGCGUCGUUCAACCGGAAGAAGAUGGCGGUGGAGAUCCAUAUGCGGCAGGACUGUCCCGCAUAUGAUGCUGGAGAUGAGGUGCACCGCGCGUUGUUCAAGCCUGUCGAGCUGUUCGAGGGACAGAUGACGAUCCGGAUUCAUGAGGCGGACGGGACGCCGUACGAGCAUGUGCUGGACAUCAGGGCGCACGAGAAGCGGUUCGAGGUGCCGUUCAAUACGAAGUAUAAGCGUGUGCGGAGGAACACCAAGCGGUAUCUCGCGAGGCAACAGGCGGCGCAGGCUGCUGCAGAGGGAGACGCGGAGGCUGCCGAAGCCAUGGGAAUGGUCGACAUCUCCUUCGGCUUAGACAUCUGGGAGAAAGAGCGCGAGCGCGACCUGUGGAAGGUGCACGACUGGACGGAGGACGACGAGAACGUGAUGAACGGCGCGACGUACGAGUGGAUCCGGAUGGACGCCGAUUUCGAGUGGAUAUCGAGCAUCACGUUCAGCCAGCCGGAUUUCAUGUGGGUGAGCCAGUUGCAGAGGGACCGGGAUGUGGUGGCCCAGCUUGAGGCGGUCAAUGCGCUCGCGAAGAUGCCGGCGAAUCCGAUCAUCUCGAGCACGUUGACGAAGACGGUGCUGGUGACGAAUUAUUUCUUCAGAAUAAGGUGUGAGGCGGCAGCGGCUUUGCUCACGUGCGCGAUCCGGAAACACGAGUUCCUUGGCCUCUUCCACCUCUUCAAGCUCUUCCUCCGGUACUGCUACGAGCCCGAAGACCCGGCCCAGGACCUCUUCGUACAUUCCUACGUGCCACGUCCAAACGACUUCUCCGACAUCGCCGAGUACUUCGUGCGUCGGGCGCUCAUCCGCACUAUCGCCCAAGUGCGCUUCGAGAACGGCAACACUCCCGCCGUCGUGCGGAAGUUCCUCGUCGACUUGCUCAAGUACAACGACAACACGGCGAAUGCAUACACGGAUGCGUUCUAUAUUUGCACAAUCAUUUCCAGUCUGGCGGGCGCAUCUGUGUGUGCGAACGCACCGGAGAAGGGAGAGCUCGCGGGAGAUGUGGCACAGGCGCCUAUGGAGCCUGAGGACGCGAGGCUGUUGAAGGAGGCCGUGGCCGAGGUGGACCGCUACAGGAACAUGGACCGCUUGAUCUCAUCCCCGCACAACGCUGUCACCGUCGCGGCGCUUGAGUUCCGCCUUGUACUCAGCACGGCCAACCUCAUCCCCAACGACGCCAAGAUCUGGUUCCCGCUCACGCGUGAGGGCAACUAUACUCAAGUCCGCCUCGCCGCGUUCGACAGCCUGUUCUUCACGAAAUGGUACACGCCGAAGAUCGUGCGCUAUGUCUUGGCCGUCAUCGCGCACGACUCGAGCAGGGUCGUCAGGAGACAGGUGGCGCGGAACGCGGGGCACAGUCUGGCGCUGCUUGUGGCUAUGGGCGAGUUGAGAGGUGGAGGGUCCAAGGGCGAUGAAAGCGGGCCCACCUUGAUUGAGGAGGACGGCACUGGCGAGCGCGCGGAUGAGAAGAGGAAGAAGGGCGAGGUCGACGCGCUCAUCAAAGCGUUACGCAAGGACAAGGAGAUCGGCAAGAGCGAGGCUCUACGCGAGAUCCUACUCCCACUCGCGCUCGACCCGAACGCCGACGCGGAAGUGCGAUGGAGCGUCCUGAAGCUCGCGGACGUGCUCAUCAAAGGAAGCGAAGAGGCCCCGCCCAAACUCAGCAUCCACAUCCCGCCGCCGACACCCGUUAUUGAAGCCCCGCAGCCGUCUGCAGUUAUUCCAACGGUCAAGGUGCCCGUGAAGAAGGCGGGCACGCCGGCGCCUGGGACCGGGCCGGGCACGCCGGUGCCGCCCAGCAUCAAGCUCAAGCUGCCGACGAUGCCACAGACGCCCGUCGAGCCGGCGCCCGCUAGUCCGUCGGUGCUGCCCAGUGCGCCUGUGGUCAGAUUGCCGGCGCCGAGGGUCCAGUUCAGCGAGUCACGGCCGGCGUCGCGCACGGCGUCACCAGCGCCUGCUCCGGCGCCUGUGCUGAAGAAGCCCAAGGCGCUUCCGCCGCCUCCGCCGCCUCCUCCUGCGCCCGCACCCGCGCCCGUAGCUUCGCCGUCCAAGCCUCGUCCACCGAAGUCCGGCCCGAAAGCGCAGAGUGGCGGGAUGGGCAUCGUCGAUCUCAAGGCAACGCGCUCGGUCCUGCAGAAGCUCACGCAACACAAGGCCGCCACUCUCUUCCGCCAGCCCGUCGACCCCGUGCGCGACCAAGCGCCCGGCUACUUCGACAUCAUCAAGCGGCCCAUGGACCUCUCCAACAUGCGCGCCAAACUCGAAGCCGGGCUCUACCCGGACCGCUUCGCGUUCGAGGCCGACUUCAGGCUAAUGAUCCGCAACGCGAAGACGUACAACGCGCCCGAGACGUUCGUCGCGAAAGAGGCGAGCAAGUUGGAGAGCUAUUUCGAGGCGCAGUGGAGUCGGAUGAGUAAGACGAUCGAGAAGGCUCAGCCGGCUGUUCAGGCUAGGGCGCAGAGGGAGAGGGCGAUGCCGCCACCGCCUGUCCCUAUGCCUAUCGAGGCGCCGGAGGAAGUCGUCAAGCCGCCUGUCGCGGCGCCUGCCCCCGCUCCUGCUUCGAGGCCGAGGGGAAGACCGCCGAAUAACAGUACGCCUGAUGCGGGAGCGCCGAGGCUGAAGUUGAAGAUCGGGGGUGUGGGCACACCUAUUGCUGGACCUUCGUCGCCUGCGCUUCCGGCUACGCCUACACCUGCGCCCAGACCCAAACCGCGCAAACCAUCGAAGCCUGCGCCUGCACCUUCGCUACCAGACGAUGGUACGCUCGAUCUGUUCGAAGAGGUGCUGGCGAUCGAGAAGGAGCGUGGUGCGCCCAUAGCGUCGAGCUCGAGCUCGUCGUUGGCUCCGCCGGGCAAGAGGAAGAAAGAUACGACCGACGACGACGAGCCGAGCAAGAAGCGGAGUCGGAGCAGGAGCCCGUCUGUGCGCGGUACACCGUCUAUGAAGCUUAAGACCCAGGCGCAGGAGGGGAAGGGCAAGGAGAGGGAGCGGCCGAGUACGCCCACGACCAGCAGCGGCCGGCCGGCGCCCGUCGGGAAGCCGAUCGCAACGCCUGUGGGCAAGCCUAUUGCUAUGCCUCCGGGGCGUCCGACUGCCACACCGGUUGGAAAGCCCAUCGCGACGCCGGUUGGCAAACCUAUUGCUACGCCUCCGCCUCGAGUGCCAGCCACUCCUGCGCCUAGACCAAGUGCGACGCCUGUGGUCAAGCCGAAGACUGCGACACCAUCACGACCGCCCGCGACACCUGCACGGCAUAGUGGGACGCCUACGCCUGGUGGAUCGGGGUCGGGUUCGACGCCGAUAAACAAGACGAAGUGCAAGGACGUGUUGAGGAACUUGGGGAAGUUGCCAGAGGCGAUGAUCUUCUUGAGGCCGGUCGAUCCACAUCUGGAUGGAUGUCCUACGUACUUUGACGAGAUCAAGAAACCGAUGGACCUGCGCACGAUGGACGAGAAGCUGAAGCGAGGCGAUUAUACCACCAUGGAGCAAUUCGCGGCCGACAUGAACCUGAUCUUCACCAAUUGCCGCACGUUCAACCCCGUUGGCACGUAUCCGACUGAGUGCGCGGAUGGGCUCGAACGGGCGUUCAAGAAGGAGUGGGCGAAGGUGACGGAACGCAAGCUGAGUUACCCCGAGAAGAGGAGCUUGCAGGCGCUCAUGAACACCAUCGUCAAAGAAGACUUGUCGUUCGCCUUCCGCGAGCCCGUGGACCCGAUCAUGCUCGGUAUCCCGACGUACUUCGACGUCAUCCCGCGCAAAGACGCCCGCGACCUCCGCACGAUCCGCACCAAGCUCGAACAAGACAAGUACGAGAGCGUCGCGGCCUGGGAGGCCGACAUUGACCUGAUGGUCAACAACGCGAUCCAUUUCAACGGCGCGGACUCGGAGGUCGGAAUCCUGGCUAUGCAGCUGAAACACCGCGUCGACGAUCUGCUUGUGAACUUGCGUUCUGGAUCCGGCGGAGGAGCUGGCGCGAGUAAGAAGAGGAAGGAGGGAGGCGUGAAUGGGGUCGGGUCGGCCAGUAACAAGAAAGCGAAGUUCGCCUAA